ACGCGUUUCAGUAGAAAAUUUGCAUCCUGUUCGCGCGGACGUGACUCGGAUGGAAAAAGGGAUAACACGAUAAAAAGCCAAUUUUCCGCGAUGUCCGCUCAAGACAUUACGGCGAAACGAUAAACAGUGAAAAUAAAGACGACAAAAAAUAUGCAAAGUGGAAAAAACAGGGAAAGGAAAAAUUAAGACAAAGUUAAACCACUUGAUGUCCCCUUGGGUGUGCUGUGUCCUGUGUCCUGCAUUGCCGCUGGUCGAGUGUCUUUUGCCGAAAUCACUUUUAAAAUUUGUUUGCUUUCGUCGCAUUCAAAUGGAUAUUAGAAUGCCGCGUUGAAGAAAACAAAAACAAAAAAAUAUCUGGGACCCAAGAAGCAAAACAGGACAAACAGAAGAGGAUUUCUCCAAGGAUGCGUAAGCGUCUGCCGUAACGUAAAAAGGGAUUAUUGUGCAUCAUUUCGGGCAACAAAAAAAUAAUAUAAAAAAAAAUAAUAACAACAGGGAUAAAGGCGAUGGCGGAAAUAUUCUCGAGUCGGAUUAUGCGAUAAAUUGUUACUGAAGUGUAAAUGUUUUCUCACGUGUUAAAUCGUUAAAUAUAAGCUGGCCCAGCUGAAAGUUUCAAAACCGCAAUUGUUCCAAGGUUUGGCCAUAAGGUUAUUGUAACUUAUUACCAAGACUGUUAAAUUUUAACGAACGGCUCCGUAAAAGUUGUUAAACACUAUAAAUGGUGAAAGUUCUUCAAGUUUUUCGUGCCAUGUUAAAACUUUGUCCCAUUAGUCAUUGAGAACACUGGGUGAUCGGGUGCUAUAGUAGUUUUGCAUGGAAACUGUUCUAUUUAUUAACUUUUGGCCCGUGGCUUGAAAAAGUGAGAAGUGAACGAAGAAAAGAAAAUUUUAUUAAUUGCCAAACGAUUAUGAGGAUGAAAUAUACUCAAGUCGAGCUGUGAAGCCAGUUUAUUUGUUUAUUUUUGAAGCCACUGCAGCGCCAAUAAAAGUUUACCACUCAACAAAGGCGAAAACACUUAAAUAAAUAUAUAAAUCAAGCAAAGUAAAAAUAGUGCAAGCCAAGAGGCCACAAGAGCUGGGGACUAAACAAUGAAACUGAAAGAAAAUCGGUUGAGCAAACGAAAACGCAACGAAAAACUUGUGGCAGACCCAUAAAGAAGAGUUGCAAUCUCUUUCUGAGGAAAAUAGAAAUAAAAUAGAAAUCAAAUCGAAUGAAAUAAAAUCGAGGAGGUAAGAGCAUCCCCAAACGGAGAGAGCCAAAGAGCCAGCCUCCAGCGUAUUAAUUCAAUAAACCUAUUUAUCUGUGACUUGGACUGGGAUUUGUUGGGUGGAGCAGAGCGGAACGGAGGAUGCGACAAAGUUUGCCAGCCAAGACGGCGCAGUGCAAUCAGCAGGUCCUGGAUCCCAAUCCGAUUCCAAGGAGUCAGAGCAGCCAGAUUCGAUGCCGCAAACGAGUCCCAAUUGGAGCCAGGCGGACAAUGAGCGCACAAAAGGCGCUGUAAGUGUCAUUGCAGCCAGGAACUGGGCCACUGGGACUGCCACGCAGGACUAGAACUAGCAAAACGCGGAAGGAGCUGUAGAAUCAGGACCAGCCACGUUGACAACUGCAGAGAUGACAGGAGUAACAUUAGCAAUCGGAAGAAGGGAAGCAACGGGGCAGCGUGGGUGUCGCCACUUGCUCCUUACUUCCAGGCCAGCGUCCUGGCUCCUUCUACUCUCGGCGGCAGCUCUCGGCUGUGGGAUGCAACUUGUCACCUGCAGUCCCCAGGAGACACAAGCAUCCUUGGCAGCGGAAGUUAUCCGAGGACUGGAGCCUGAGACAACUGAGGGACACAGGCCUACAACAGCCACAAGAUCCACUUUGCCAGAUAGGCCACUGACAACACAAAACGAUCUAAUUACGACAGCCGGCAGCUUGACGACAGCAAAAAAGCUGCCACAGCAACCAGCAACAACUGAGGCAGCAGCAAAGGCAAUGGCAUCGAGUCUGUGGAGCACGGCCGCAGCCCGGGGCAUGCCAUCAGCAGAUAUGGCUGGGACAACGAUGGCAUGGACCCAGUCAGCACAAAUUGGGCUAACUACUGAGUCCACAGUGAGGCAAACAGAAGCUCCUACAGCAGCAACACAAGCCGCAACAGCAGCCCAGCCAGCAGCAGCAACAUCAGAGAUGCUCAUAUCAACAAUUUAUCCGCCAUCGGCGGAAACGGAUGCGCGAAACUCCAUUGGAAGGAUGCCUGCGGAGGCGGAGGUGGAGGCGCAUCCGGGUGUCGCCGAUUCACUGACCAAGGGCUUCUCCAUUCCCACUUUCCUGCCCCCAUUUCCCGUUUUUGCGGCAGCGGAUCUGCCCGCUUACCGCGCCGCCGCCGAUGCCGCAGCCCAGGCAGCAGCCGCGGCCGAGGCAGAGGCCGCCAAGGCAGCCGCCGCAUCCUCCGAAGCGGUUACAAUAUCGCCGGAGGAGCAGCGUCGGCGAACAUAUACGGAGCAGAAAUCGUACUUGGCCGCCAACCGCGGGAUUGGGACUGAGGGCGUGGGGUUGCGACGCAACCUGACAAUGCCGGUGCUUAACCUCACGGCGCAGAUGGGAAACCACGCCUACAUGCCAUGUCAGAUCCACCGUCUGUCCGACAAACCCGUCUCUUGGGUGCGAAUCCGGGAUAAUCACAUCAUCAGUGUGGACGAAACAACCUUCAUUGCCGAUGAACGUUUUCAGUCGAUUUUCCAGGAGGAUCACGACUACACCUGGUCCCUGCAAAUCAAAUAUGUCCAGCCAAGCGAUGCCGGCUGGUACGAGUGCCAGAUGGCCACCGAGCCUAAGCUGAGUGCCAAGGUGCACUUGCAAAUAGUCACUCCCAAGACUGAACUGAUUGGGGAUCAGAGCCGCUUCGUAAAGGCGGGCAGCAAGGUGGCACUUCAUUGCAUCGUCCGGGGCACUCUGGACCCGCCCAAGUACAUCAUCUGGUUCCGGGGCCAGAAGAAGAUCAGCGAGAACGAUGAACGCACCGGAUGGUACACCCAACUGGAUAGAAAUAUCUUUGGAACUGUGGGCGAUAAUCAAAACACGAUCGGCUCGUUGAUAAUACCGGUCGUGCGGAAAGAGGACUCCGGCAAUUAUACGUGCCAGCCGUCGAACAGCGUUUCCGUAUCUGUGGACCUGCACGUGCUGAGCGGUGAAUACUCCGCAUCGGCCAUCAUGUCAGCGGCGGCGAGGACAAGUACGAGGACCGGCGAAGGGAGCACGUUCCAGGCGAUGCUCGGACUCCUGGGCGUCCUCGGACUCCUGCGGGCAAUGCAGCCCCGGACGUGACUGGCCUAUUGAACGCUGACCUGGGUCGCGCAUCCGACUUCCAAUUAUUUGUAAGCUUUCGCGCCAUCUGCAGUUACGUAACUUAGGUUAGAGAUUAAUUAAAGUCGGCCUUGUAAAUAGCGGCAGGAGCCCGGAUUGACGGCUCCAUAAUUAGGUUAAAUGUUACCAUAACUCUCAUGUCUGCGUGUCUCACAUACUCCCCCAUACUUGAUUCAAUCUAAUGUACAUUCAAUUUAACACAUACACUCCAUUUCAAGUUGUGAAAUCGAAUCAAUAAUUAGAUUAUUGUCGCAAGGAAGUUAUGAAAAAAUUAUAAAUAUACAGCCAUUGAAAAUUCAU